AUGUUUGUCAUGGAGGAGCAACAGCGGCAGGACCAAGAUGUCCCUUCAUGUUGCAGCCCCAGGCUCAUGCAGCCAGAUAGCGAGAUGCAAGCGGGGAAGGCCGGGCUUUUCAAUAUCGUCUGUGGGAGUCGAGAGAGGUUGCAGGAGCCGCAGCAGCUGCGGAUGUCGCUACGGCAACGCGGCGUGGCGGCCGAGCUGGCGGCAGGAAUCGAACACGAGAGGUCGACGGGUGUGCUGCUGCCGGGGGCCCCGCUGGCGGCGGAGGCGGAAGGUAGCGAUCGGCUGACGCUGGCGGCCGCAGACAAGUCCGGCAAGGUGUCGCUGUGGGACGUCUACAUGGAGGCGGGCGGUCCGGCGGAGAAAACAGCUGCUGCUCAGUGUCGGCCGACUCGUCCCGCACCGCACUUGCACACUACACUACUGCGUUUUCGGCUUUGUGACUGUGGAGCGGUUGAAGAUGAGUUGCAUGUUUUUGAAGAAUGUCCCGCUUACAAGAGCAUACGGGCUAAGUAUGAUGGUGACCUAGUCCUUACGGGGCGCAGCAUGCGCACCAUUAUGACUGAGGCGCCACCCCUGGCAUUGGCCAGGGCCCUCGACCUGGGCGGCUCGGGUAUGUGGGUGGAGCUACCUGCACCGGGUGACCCGCGGAGUCGUGAGUUCAGUGCUCUGGACGUCUCUUCCGACGGCCGAACGGCGUACCUGGGGGAUCCGCAGGGGAAUCUGGAUCUCGUGGAUCUGCGCGCGCCGCCGCCACGGCGGGAGCGGUCGUCGGACGCGGCAGCGACGUCUGUGGGGCCUCUAGGUGGUUUGCAGAUAAGCCAGCGGUGA